AAAAAGUGCCUGAAUUACCAUAAAAUAUUUUUUUUUCUUUUUUUUUUUUUUCUUUUUUGUAAGGUGUGACGACAAGAUAGCUAAACCAAGAAUUGAUGUGGACAUCAUUUUUAAGAAAAUCAAGUUAUUUAAGACGACCUAUAUGCACUGCUUGUUAUAAAAGACAACCUUUUCAACAGUUUCAUACCAGUCGAGUGAAUCGAGUGCCGAUUGUGCCGAUGCCAGCAUUUAUAUUAGGUGCCCUAAAGACAGGCAAAUUGGUCAGUUUGGUCUCUUUAUCUUCAAAAACCUCGCUUACUUUAUUGCCACAUACGUUUCGUCGAGGAGGUAAGAUAGACUUGGUGGCCAAAAUAUUAGCAGGUAUACCUUUAUUUGGAUUUACUUUACUCGUUGUGGUUGGUCUGGACCAAGCACCAAAUACGUCUCGAUUAAGGUUGGUCUAUUUAACAGAGGAAGAAGAAGCUGAGAUUAUGGAAGCUGAAAUUGACACUUUAUUAAAAGCACAAAGUGGGCUUGUUGCUCCUCGAGAUAGUGAAGUUGUCAUGUGGCUUCAGACCAUUGUCGAUAAUCUCUCUAUACCUGCAUCAGACGAUAUUCGAGAUCCAGUUCGAAAAUAUGCUGAUAAUCCUUAUUUAAAAUCAAGGCAUAUUCAGCCUAUUCAUUCACCACCGAGUGAACCUAUGGAUACUCAGUCUGCUAUGCCAAAACGUCAUUUUGAAGUAGAUGUCAUUUGGGAUUCAACCACGGUCAAUGCCAUGUGUGCUGGUUCUCGCUUGGUUGUGUAUAAUUUGUUACUUGAUUAUCUGGACUAUGAUACACAACGCAUGGCUGUGAUUCUGUCUCAUGAAAUUGCUCAUUCUAUACAACGCCAUUUAGUAGAACAACAUGGAUUUGCUUCUUUGAUGUUUAUGUUGGGAGACAUUACACGCGGUGUAUUCUGGAUGGUGACAGAAUCAUUAGGUCCUUAUAUUAAUCAGAAAAUCAAUGACUCUAUAUCAACUUUUAUUACUAUGGAAACACAGACAACCUAUAACAGACGAUUAGAGAAAGAGGCUGAUCUAGUAGGGCUUAAGAUUCUUGCUAAAGCAGGCUAUGAUCCUCAAGUGGCUGUGGAUGUUUGGGAAAGACUAGCAGAUUUAGAAAAUGUGCUUGGUGAAGAUGAAAAGAAAAAGCAUGUGUUUGAUCCACAAGCUAUUCUAGCCAAAAGGUCUAUUUCUUCUUCAUCAGAACAAGAUGUGCAUGAUUUAGACCAAGGUGUACGUGAAUUUCUAAGUUCAGUUGUUAAUUCAUGGUUUGGAUCCAGUCAUCCACCCAAUCUAGAAAGAAUAGAGUACAUGCGUGAACAUAUGCAAGAAGCCAUUGCACUCUAUCAAGAAGCACUUAGAAUCAAUGGACCUCCAAGAGAGUUCAUAUUUAGUGAAGACAUAAAGCAACAACAGUCAAUAGAAACACAUCAAAAUGGAUUCUUAAACUGGUUAUCCUUUCUCUAUGCUUGGAUCUAACAUUUGAUUGUCCGACGU